UAUUUGUUAUUUAUUGUUUUGGGUUGUAAAAGAACUUGAAUUAUAUUGUAAUGUAGAAAGAUAUUUUGCAAACACGUGUCUUGUUCGUCUCUAUGUCAAUUGAGCAAUUUUGAAAUCACAUUUUACCGCACAUGUGAACACCUAUUGUUGUUAUUGUUACAAUAGCAGAAUCCAAAUCUGCUGUGUUCCAAAACCUUUUGUGGCAAACAAUUUCUGAAUUCCUGCCCUCAAAUAUAAAAGCAUUUUGCCUUAACCCUUGAUUAUUUAAAAAAAAAAACACUUUCAUAAAUGGUUUAUAAUGAGUAAGUAGUAUUUGAAAUACAGAAAUUAUACAAUACAGUAAUUCAUACUCAUUUUUCUGCCACAUGACAUUUUACAGGCGUACUUAAAGCCACUCUGUUUUGUUUUUUCUGACAAACUGUCAGACUGUCAGUCUGAAGCCAGUUUGUCCUUGUUAAGGCACCCGUCAACAAUCGCAUAUACACUCCUUAAAUUAGUAACAUCUUUCUCGCUCCCUCCCUCCCUCCCAUUCUCACUACGCAGUGUUGCCAUUUACUACUUCCCGUAACUCCGUGACAACAACGUCCCGUGUUAGGGCUUGUCAGGAGCUGGUGGUCUGUUUCUGGGAGUGUAUGGAUGCCACUAUGUCAUAUGAAUGUCUGAAUGUCCCACUUCUGAAAGACAACCCUUUAAAAGGAGUCGUUUCCGACAGCUUGCGUUAUCAGGACCAGGUGUCAGGAAUGCAAGUCCAAAUUCCUGGCAUAGCCUCAUCGUGUAUAAAAGAGCAGAGGUUGGUCCUGAGGGAUACAGCAUCCAGGAGCUAUUCAGCAAAGAAUCUCCCAAAAGGUCCAUCAGAAGACAAAUAUGCCGCUUUUUUCCCAUGUGGCCUGUAGCCUUCUCCUCAUCUUGAAACUUCAGCUCAUCAGCACAUAUCCUGUUAGCACCAGCUUGACUUCCAGUGAUGUGGACAUCUUAAGGGUGCUCCUUGACAGAUUAGAGGAGUCACUUCCAGAGCGGAAUGAGAUGGAGCAGAUUCUCACUGCAGGGAAGGAGAACACUCUUGAUGACUUGAACGCACAGCAGCCGCAGGAAGCCUUGGACGAAGCUUCAAUUAGGGAGUUUCUGUCAGCCAAAAACCUGAAGAGCAUCCGCAGCGACUCCAGCAGGAGAUCUUCUGCUUGCUUUGGUCGCCGUAUGGAACGAAUAGGUUCCAUGAGCUCCCUAGGCUGCAAUAGUGUUGGCAAAUCCAUUCCCAAAUGACGAUGAAGUCUUACCAUCGACCACCUUGCGGAACUGCAACGUCGAGGCCAAAAGUUAUUUAGUACUCUAUAUUUAUUUUACCAAAUAUUUAUAUUAAUUUGCAUUAUAUGUUUAUUUAUUUAAAUGUAUGUAAAACAAUUCCUGCCCUGAAUGUUUCAAUAAAUGUUUACAACUGCA